ACGAACAAUGGGCCUGGGUGCAAGAUCACUCACGCAUCGUUUUCUCUGCAACAUGAGGAACAUGUGUGCGGCAGCACCGGUGUUUAUUAUAACUGUUUAUAAAGAGCACACGUGGCUUUGUUGUUUUCAUGUGUAAUUUGAGUGGGUGGUGCCGCCCAGCAGAGGUAUAAAACAACAGCGGUGGAUGCAGAUGUGCAACUGCAAGCAGCCUGUGUCCAACUCACCCGUGCUGGGAGAAAUUUCUUCUUAAGUUUUGCGUAAUCUGAGCAGUAGCUAUGGCAGCCUACGAGGAGCCUCCAGACACGGAUAUUGUCCAUCCUCGGAAACGACACAGUAUUUGUAUCAACCGUCCGUCCUUCAACGAGUUACAAUUCCAAGAGAUACAUGAAGAGAGUACUAAGGAGAAAACGUCACUGGGGACAAAAAUUUCAAGGUUUGUCAGUCGGCAGCAGUGCACAAGUCAAAGCUUAAAGGGUUUCUUCCGUCGAGUCAUUCCAAUACUUGAUUGGCUUCCAGCAUAUGACAUUAAGCGUGACCUAAUGGGGGACUGUGCGGCAGGACUUACAGUUGGAAUCAUGAGGUUACCCCAGGGUAUGGCAUACGGACUCUUGGCAACCCUGGCACCUGUCUAUGGACUCUACACUGUAUUCUUCCCAGCAAUUAUCUAUGCAAUGAUGGGAACAUCAAGACACAUCUCAGUAGGAAGUUUUGCUGUGGUCAGUAUAAUGACAGCUGUAGCUGUGGACAGAGUGGUUGAGGAGACCAGACCUAAAGAAGGACCGUAUGAUGAAGGUUUAGAGAGGGCCAAGAUUGCAUCAUCUCUAGCGUUUCUUGUUGGCAUGAUACAGUUUGGGCUAGGAGCACUUCGGCUAGGCUUUGUCAGUACAUAUCUUGCCGAGCCGUUGGUACGGGGUUUUACUACCGGUGCAGCUUUCUACGUCUUCAACAGUCAGUUCAAGUACUUGUUUGGUAUAGAUGUGAAGAGGUACAGUGGACCAUUCGCCAUCAUUAAGACAUUUAUUGAUUUGUUCUCCAAUCUAGCAUCUACCAACGUAUCAGAGCUCAUUAUAGCUCUCAUUAAUUUAAUCGCUUUGGUGUCCGUCAAGGAACUUCAAGAUAAAUAUAAAGACAAAAUGAAGUACCCAAUACCACUGGAGCUCUUCUCAAUAGUUUUGACAACUUUGGUGUCCCAUUUUGCACAGCUAGAAGAAAGAUAUGGCACCAAUGUGGUUGGUGAAAUUCCUACAGGUCUUCCACUGCCGAGUUUACCGGUGUUUUCUUACAUGGAGUCCAUGAUAUUGGAUGCAAUCGUCAUAGCAAUCGUCACUUUCUCCGUCUCAGUUUCGGUCAGCUACAUCUUCGCAAAGAAAAACAACUACGAAAUCGACGCAAACCAGGAGUUGGUUGCUCUAGGUUCUAUGAGUGUCGUUGGAUCUUUCUUCUUAUGUUACCCAGCUGCUACCUCAUUGUCUCGAUCACUACUCCAAGAAAUAUCUGGAGGAAAGACUCAAUUGACGAGUCUGUUUUCCUGUGUAUUCAUUCUAAUUGUGUUGCUUUUUAUAGCACCACUUUUUUACUCAUUGCCAAAGAGCUGUCUGGCUGCAAUUGUUGUUGUAGCCCUUCGAGGAAUGUUCCGUCAGUUUAAAGAUAUCAAAGUUUUAUGGAAGUAUUCAAAAAUAGACUGUAUGAUAUGGUUAGUCACAUGGUCUUCCACAGCUCUCCUGGGCGUCGACUUGGGGCUAGCAGUGGGUGUGGUCUUUGCUAUCAUGACGGUCAUCGUGAGAACCCAGAAGCCGUACUGCUCCCUGAUGGGAAAAAUACCUGGCACUGACAUCUACAGAGAUGUUGCUUACUACAAAGAUGCUGAGCCGAUACAAGGUAUCAAGAUUUUCCGUGUUCAAAGCCCCCUGUACUAUGCAAACUCCGACUACGUUAAGAGUACCUUAUACGGUAAAUCCAAGUUGAACCCACCUGAGAUUCUUAGGACAAGAGCCAAGGCAGAUACCAAGAGGAUAAAAAUGGAGACCAGAGCAAAGAAAAAGGAAGUCAGACAGAGGAAGAAGAUGUCUAAACACCCAAAAAUAGAUGAAGAAUAUGAGUGUCACUGGAUCGAUUCUGCUCUUUACAUGAUGACGUCUAACAAUACAACCAUCAUCAACGACCCCAAAAAAGACUUGAUUGAACAGUUCAACCAGGUAGAAAAUCAUAAUAAUCACAAUGACAACGGAAAUGUUGAGAGUAUAGAGACGACACUGGAGGAUGGAACCCACUCACUCGUUCUGGACCUCGGCUCGGUCAGCUUCAUCGACUGCGUUGGGAUUAGCGCCCUCAAGAGCAUCAUUGCUGACUAUGAGAAGAUCGGGAUCAACGUGGUGAUCGCGCACUGUAAAGAAAACGUGCGUGAGAUGUUACUGCAGAGUGGCUUCAUGAAACAAGUCGGCUUAGAUCGAAUGUUUGUCACUUUACAUGAUGCAAUCCAGCAGAUUUCUUCUGAUCUAGAAGCACAUUCAGCAAACAAGUUUGCCCUUGACUACAUUUCAGGAGCAUCAGGUGGUGAUGCUUCUUAUGAAAUGAAGGAUCUUUGUAAUCAUGACAAGGGUGCUGAUACUGACCAACUCCACGUAGAGAUGAACUAGUAAAAAUGAACAGCCAAAACGUAAGCAAUAUGAUGUGACACUCGUAGAUUGAAAUGGGUCUUAGCUCUCUUCUGAAGUAUGGCAAAUCUUAAUUUUUUUACAGAUCUGGGCCCAAUUUCAUAAAUAUGUUUAGCAGAAGAAGAAAAAAUGUUUAGCAAUAGCCUUGAGGCAAAAAAUGAGCAGGGCGCCAGUUGCAACAAUGUCAACUUUAUGGAAUUUUUGAUGGUAACCAGUAUCUGUAAACCAAGAUUUUUCUGUGCUUAGCAAGUUUUUUAUGCUUACAGUCUGUGACUAGAGUGGGACUUGAACCUAUGGCCUUGAUUAAUGUCUUGCCCCUCUACCAACAUAACACCCCUUACAAAUAUUCUGCCUUUUCAUUGGUUUAGAGCGUGUCACAUGAUGUGUCUUAGUUUUACUA